UCGCUUCGGAGGGCGGGGGGCUGCCAGGUCCCCAGAACAGACGGCAGACUGCAAGUGACCUCCCACCCCGGGCUUUUCGAGGUGUCUGCAGGCAAAGCGUCCAGCCGACUCUCGGGACAGGGGAGGGGAACCUUCUUCGAACCCAGAACGCUGGGAGAGACCUUAGAAUAGAGACCCGAGAAUGUCAAAGCUGGGAGGGGUUUAGAACGGAGAAUGUCAGAGCUGGCGGGAGGAUCUUAGAACGCCAAGCAGAAAAUGUCAGCCCGGAGGGACUCUAGAACCCGGAAUGCCGGAGGGGCCGUUAGAACCCCCGCGCAGCGAAGCUGGGAGCCGCCGGGCGCGAGCUCGGGGUCAGCCCGCCAGGGGGGAGGGGGCCCCGAGCGGCCGGCAGGAGAAAGUUUGCGGCCGGCCCCGCGGCCCCCCGAGCGAGCCCCCCUGGAGUAGAAAGUAGGGGUGUGUCUGAGUGUGCGAGUGCGGGUGAGUCUGUGCGUGUCUGAGUGUGUGCGUGCGUGCCUGGCGCCGCCGAUGGGAGCCAGUGUGAAAGGGAGACUCCUGCGCUUGUUGUUGUUGCUUGUCCCCCUCUCCCCUGCGUGUGCCCGCCUCCCUCCCUCCGCUCUCUCUCUGGCUCCCUCGCUCCCUCCUCGCCCGGCCAGGAGCCCGACUCCGAGAAGAGCACCCAGGAGCGGCGGAGGCCCCCGACGUCUCCUCCCACCAUGCCGGUGGGCGCCGCGGCCCCCAAGAACCCGGACCUGGAGUUCCACUCGCUGCAGCCCUGCUUCUACCCCGACGAGGACGACUUCUACGUGGGCGGCCCGGACGGGGCGCCCCCGGGCGAGGACAUCUGGAAGAAGUUCGAGCUGCUGCCCACGCCGCCGCUCUCCCCGAGCCGGGCCGGGCCCGGCGGCGGCCCCGGGGGGCUGCCCAGCCCCGCGUGGCCCGGGGGCGGCGAGCCCCCCGACUGGGCGUCCGAGCUGCUGCUGCUGCCGCCGCCCGAGGCCGAGCCGUGGGGCACCGGGGGCCCGGGCAACCUCAGCGCCUUCGUGCUGCGGGACUGCAUGUGGAGCGGCUUCUCGGCGCGGGAGAAGCUCGAGCGCGUAGUCACCGAGAAGCUGCAGGCGGGCCCGCGGGGCGCGCCGGCCGAGGGCCCGGCCAAGGCCGCCUCCGCCACCGCCUCCGCGCCGCCCUCCAGGGCUGCCGGCUCCGCGCCCGCCCCCGGGGCCGCCGAGCUGUGCAACCCGGCCUCCGAGUGCGUGGACCCGGCCGUGGUGUUCCCCUUCCCGGUGAACAAGCGCGAGCCCCCGGCCGCUGCAGCCGCAGCCGCCGGUACUUCCGGGGCGCCCCCGGGAGGGCCCGGCCAGCAUCCCCGCGGCCCGGCGCGCCCCUUCCCGGCCGGAGACACCAGGACCAACAGCUGCUCCGGGGACGACACCCUGAGCGACUCGGAUGAUGAGGAGGAGGAAGAGGAGGAGGAGGAGGAGGAGGAGAUCGACGUGGUGACGGUGGAGAAGCGCCGAGCCUCGGCCUCCAGCCACCCCAAGGCGCUCACCACCUUCACCAUCACAGUCCGGCCCAAAAGCGCCGCCCCCGCCGCCCGCGCCCAGCCGGGCGAGCCGGCCCCGAAGCGCUGCGCGCCCAUCCACCAGCAGCACAACUACGCCGCGCCCUCCCCCUACGCCGAGAGCGAGGACCCGCCGCCCCCCAAGCGGGUGAAGGCCGAGGCCCCCCCCCGCCCCGCCAGGAGCCUCCCGCCGCCGGCCAAGGCCAAGGGCGCCAGCCCGCGCAACUCCGACUCGGAGGACAGCGAGCGCCGGCGCAACCACAACAUCCUGGAGCGGCAGCGGCGCAACGACCUGCGCUCCAGCUUCCUGACGCUCCGGGACCACGUGCCCGAGCUGGUCAGGAACGAGAAGGCGGCCAAGGUGGUCAUCCUGAAGAAGGCCACGGAGUACGUGCGCUCGCUGCAGGCGCAGGAGCAGCAGCUGCAGCUGGAGAAGCGCAAGCUCAUGGCCAAGCAGGAGCAGCUGCUGCAGAGGGCCGAGCACGGCCGGACUUGCUGAGCCGGGGGCCGGCCGAGGGCUGCCCUGGCGGACUUGCUGAGCCGGGGGCCGGCCAGGGACUGCCUAGAAGGACUUGCUGGGCCGGGAGCCGGCCAGGGACUGCCCAGAAGGACUUGCUGGACCCAGGGCUGCCCGGAAGGACUUGCUUGGCCUGGGGCUGCCCGGAAGGACUUGCUGGGCCUGGGGCUGCCCGGAAGGACUUGCUGGGCCUGGGGCUGCCCGGAAGGACUUGCUGGGCCUGGGGCUGCCCGGAAGGACUUGCUGGGCUGGGGCUGCCCGGAAGGACUUGCCAAGCCGAGGCCGGCCUGGGGAUGGCUGGAAGGACUUGCUGGGCCAGGGGUUGCCUGGAAGGACUUGCUGGGCCAGGGGUUGCCCGGAAGGACUUGCUGGGCCGGGGCUGCCCUGGUGGACUUGCUUGGCCUGGGGCUGCCCGGAAGGACUUGCUUGGCCUGGGGCUGCCCAGAAGGACUUGCUUGGCCUGGGGCUGCCUGGAAGGACUUGCUGGGCCGGGGCUGCCCAGAAGGACUUGCCAAGCUGAGGCCGGCCUGGGGAUGCCUGGAAGGACUUGCUUGGCCUGGGGUUGCCUGGAAGGACUUGCUGGGCUGGGGCUGCCCAGAAGGACUUGCCAAGCCGAGGCCGGCCUGGGGCUGCCUGGAAGGACUUGCUGGGCCUGGGGUUGCCUGGAAGGACUUGCCGAGCCGAGGUCGGCCGGGGGCUGCCCUGGCCCGGCACCGGCACUGCCACUUUGCACACGGUUUUUAAUCGCGGGGUUUUGACAUUAAGAAUGUUGGUCCACUUUCAAUGCUACAGCCCCCCCCUCUCCGGGCGGGGGGCUCACGGGGGCCCGAGGGACAGGGCGCCUCCGGGGGUGCGGAGCGCCGGAGCCGGCCCCCUCCUCGAACUGCAGGCGGCCCUCGUGCAGCGGGCCCGGACUCUCGACGCCAGCUCCGACGUCGGGCCUUCUCUCCUCAAUGGUGCUCACGCGUCGCGCCGGGCGUCUGGCCGGCGUCGCGGGCCCGGGCGUUGCUCCCGGGGGGGCCGGCGCCAUCUCUGUAAAUAGCGAUUUCACACUUGCCUUUGUCCGUGUCUUGGGUGCCGGGACGGCGCCCCCGAGUCCCGGGGCGCCUGGGAGCGCGAGGAGCACGUUGUGUAUACAGGCGGCUCGUGGACCUGCCCGUCCCGGACUAACGCUCACACCGUCUGUAUACUUUAGUGCGGCGCGGAGACUUGCCUACAUUUGAUACUUAUAUUUUCGUAUGAAAAUGAGUUGUGAAGUUUUGAGUAGAUAUUACUUUAUCACUUUUUGGAACUAAGAAACUUUUGUAAAAAAACAGUGGUGGACCCCCGGGUCCCCCGCCCCCGCCCCGUCUCUCGGCCUGUCCCGUGGGGGCCGAGUUCCGUGUUUCACUUGUCUUGGAAAUGUCUAUUGAGUGCUGCAUCUUCGAGCACUUUGAAAUACCUCAUGUCUAUGAAAAUAAAUAGUCAUCGAACGAC